CAAUGCAUCCUUUUUUUUUUUCAUCAUGCAUGUGCCCAAUUGGGAAACAAGAUUAAGGAUAUAUGUAUGAAUGAGAUGCAAUACAAGAGCAGCGUUGCAGAAUUCAGAAUUGCUAUAAAUAAUGAUUCUUUCAUCAAACUUGAAUCAUGGGCUUGGAGAAAUGCUCAUACUGAGAGGAGUCGAGAAUUACAUCAAACUGUAAUCAUAAACAUAUUACUGAAUGUUUCUAUCGUAGUAAAAGAAGCAUUUCAUGUCUUUAAAAAAUCGAUAUUCUGAUGUAGCCCCUUGUAGUUGAGCUUCUUUUAUGGGAAAAAUCAUGAAAAAAUGCUGUCUAAAGCUUAUGAAGCACAACUAUGUGCCAAAACAACAACACCAGCAGUCCUGGAAGAUAGCUGGAACUUUUAUGAAUUUCCAAUUGUGCGCAGAGAGAAUUGGAAAGUAAUCAUGAAGCUUCCCUUGCAUAAUAAUAAUGACAAGCAUAUAAAAAACAAAUGCAUAUUGAUUAAGCAUACUAUACUGUGAAGGUGAUUUGAAGGCGGCGGUAGCCUUUCAGUGCAUACAUCACCACCCUUGCUGACACUAAUGGCUUUGCCACGCUAACCUUUUGGCACACUCCCACUGGACCUCCUCCCUCCCUCCUUCUCUCCUGCUCCCAUCCCCUCCCAUCUUCCUUUUCUCCACGGCGUCAUCAUCGGUGUGCUAUUUAAGGCGGCGGAGAAACAAAUUUUUGUUGUCUCUUCCAUGGAGGCGAGCGAGGAGGAGCGGAUCAUGAUUAUGAUUCUCGAAGACUUUAUUUAAGCACGAGCCAAUCUGAGAAGGCUCUACUAAUUGAACUGGAUAUUCCCUUGACCUUCUACAUUAUUUGCAGGUUGUGGUGACUCUCCAAAUAUGAUUCAUCCUCUUCAAGGCAAAUAGUGUAGCAGUUAAGGUGUUUACAAGGAGUCGCUGCCUGGCUUCACCACAAAGACUCAUCAUACCCCCCCCCCCCCUAAUUUUGAAAGUUCAAGUUGUUCCUGAACUGGUUUCGAACAAAAUGGCAGAGUUAAACAUCAGCCACCUGUUGACGGCUCCUUUUCCUGACAAAUCGGAUCAUAACUUUGACAACUACGACGUGGACUACGGCAUUCCGCCCGAUGAGAUCCCUGACACUACACAGGGUCUGGCCUUCUACGUGGCCACCAUCAUCAUCGGCGUCGUCCUCGCUUGCAUCAUGCUGGUAUGCGGCUUGGGGAAUUUCAUUUUCAUCGCUACGUUGGCGCGUUACAAGAAGCUGCGCAACCUCACUAACUUGCUCAUCGCCAACUUGGCCAUUUCGGACUUCCUCGUAGCGGUCGUGUGCUGUCCGUUCCUUGUCGACUACUAUGUGGUCAAACAGCUGUCGUGGGAUCAUGGGUUGGUGCUGUGCGCUUCGGUCAACUAUCUACGCACCGUGUCACUCUACGUGUCCACAAACGCCUUGCUCGCCAUUGCAGUGGACAGGUACAUGGCCAUCGUUCAUCCUCUGAAGCCUCGAAUGAAGUACGAAACCGCCUACUGCUUGAUAACCGGAGUCUGGAUUGUUCCCAUUCUCAUUUCAAUUCCCUCGGCUUACUUUGCCUCGGAAACCAUGUAUCCUCACGGAGGCAUCACGACGACCACUCACAAAGUCUUCUGUGCUCAAAUCUGGCCCGUGGACCAACAGGCCUACUACCGCUCCUACUUUUUGCUCGUAUUCGCCGUGGAGUUUGUCGGACCCGUGGUUGUCAUGGCGAUGUGUUAUACUCAAAUUUCCCGCGAGCUCUGGUUCAAGAAUGUGCCUGGUUUCCAGACGGAGCAGAUAAGAAAGCGACUGCGCUGUCGCCGCAAAACUGUGAUGGUCCUGAUUGGGAUAUUAAUGGCAUACAUCCUGUGCUGGGCUCCGUACUACGGCUUCACGAUCCUGCGGGACUUCCACCCGACGCUAAUCUCCCGUGAGAAGAACUCACUGGUGGUCUUCUACAUCAUCGAAUGCCUUGCAAUGAGCAACAGCAUGAUCAAUACCAUCUGCUUUGUCAGCGUCAAGAACAACACGGUCACGUAUCUGAAGAAGAUUGUGUUGGUGCGAUGGAGGUCAACUUACGCCCCCACUAGGACCGCGGAUGAACUCGAUUUAAGGACCUCGUCCUUGCCUGUCACAGAGGAAAUUGAAUGCAUUCAUCUGAGGUAAACACGGCCAUUAAAAUCUGGAUUGCUAAUGUGAAGAAUGGACUUGGAAUCAAUGAGGACACUCAAUUACAUUUCACGGGUUUUAUUUACUGUAAUGCGAAAGCGUAUGAGGGGACAAAUGCAGCAUAGAUUUCAGACAAAACAAGGAAUGGAAAAACUAAUUAGUUAGGAGCAAAUCGCACGAAAGCUUUUGCAUAUCUGCUGCUAAAAUUCCCUGACUUGAUGUGUUCUGAAAAACAGCAAUUCCUGUUUACAGCAAUGUUUGCAAAUAUGACGAACAAACAGGUCAGAACGUGGGAUGUUUAAGUUCUGGCAUACAUAGUAUUUUUUUAAUCAUUCAAAAUAUGUUGGUUUUCCUGCUUAUUUCGAGCAUGCGCCUGCAUCUGACGUCUCUUUACGGUUUCUGAAUUUGCGGCAGUAUUUUCUGAGCCAAGGAGAAAAACUUUCAGUGCCGAAAUAUACAGUACAUUGAAUUUCUGAUCUCGCCUCAGUUAAAACCUCCAUUUACUUUCUAACUGUGAAAUCUGGGCCUGGUGAAUCAAUGAACACAAAGUUAUUUGUGUGAAUGUCUUCGGGGCAGACAUAAAACUGAAUCCUGCCUGAUGCGAUCAAUGGCAAGAGCAUUUAAGUAUUUACAGCUUGUCACUACGUCGCUCGCACGAUGAACACAAGGUUAACGUAAUUUGGAGUAAAUAAUCAGGCACACCCUUGAUCUUUCAUUUUACCCCAAUGAGCCGCAGUCGUUGGAAAUCAUUAAAUUUUUAUGUUUAAAAAAAAAGUCCCCCUCUUAGCGUAUGACAUUGUGUGGUGCCAUUUAGUGGCGUGUUUGCUCUUCAAUUGGUUUGCCAUAAAGACUACGCCAAUACAGACAUUGUGCCUUUUUGUUAUCGGUUACCCUUUCGAUGACAUUAAACGCAACAUUUCACUCUGCUCACAUGACUCAAAUAAACAAAGGGAAAGAUCAACAUGUUCGUACUUGGGUUGUAAUUCUAUUUUCAUUCCAAAACGUAUUUGUUUUCCCUCCUUGUUCUGUCUUCAGGCAGUAGGUGGGGGACACCCUGAACCAGGGCACACAGACACAAACAACCAUCCACGCUCACACUCUCACCUAGGGACAAUUUGGAGUGUUCAAUCAGCCUGCCAUGCAUGUUUUUGGAAUGUGCGAGGAAACCGGAGUUCCCGGAGAAAACCCACACAGGCCCGGGGAGAACAUGCAAACUCCACACAGGGAGGCCAGAGCUGGGAUUGAUUUGAAUUACCUCCGCAAUGUGAGGUCGACACACUAACUACUGGACCACCGGGCCGCCCUGAAUAUGACGCAACAAAGAGCAUUCUGUCUUUUUUUAAAUUUUUAUUUUGUAUUUUUUAAACUUCCUGCUAACCAUAGACACACCCACCCUAAUCUCAACCAACCAGGAACUGCCAGUUUUCCAAUCAAUCAUCUAUAAGCAAUGCAGCUUGCGCCACACCUGUUGCCAAUCAACUCGUUUGUCAAAACCUUCGAACCAGAUUGAGUGGGAGCGUGGGUGGUUGUUUGUCUUUGUGUCCCCUGCGAUUGGCUGGCAACCAGUUCAUGCGGUACCCCGCCUACUGACCAAAGACAGGUUCCGGCACGCCCGCGACCCUCAGGAGGAAAAGCAGAUUAAUGGAUGGAUGGACUUUGCCCACUUAAUGUUCCAAGUUUUGUUCUCUUUAUUCAUUUAACUUGUCUUCACUUGGACGUCGAGCUACCUUGUGAGUGACCUUCCAAAAAUGGUGAGUCCUGACGCAUCACAGCACACACCUUUCGAAGUAUGCAGAUUGUGACCAGAAAAAAAAAAGAGGCAAUCGAUAUAAUUUAAUGUGAAUGUCCUGAUUUGUUGACUUGUUUCACGUAGAGUGUUAACAGGAGCCCAGAACUCACUUGACCAUAAAAUUGCUUUUGUCUGCUCAUUCUUUCCAUAAAUCAAAGUUAUCGAGUCCGAAUCAUAUUUGUGUGCAUGCGUCAUGGUCACGCUGACUUCAAGUCAGCCGCAACUCAAAACGCCAUGAUUCCAUCUCGAGAAAAGCUGACAACAAUGACAAGUCCUACAACUCUCUUCACAUUUGGCUCCAAAUUGUUUCAACUUUGUGUUUAUUCAUUCCUCUCAUGGACGUCAUGCUUUUUAGUUGCGUAAACUGCAUAGUGAGUUUACCCAGGGAGAGUAGAUUGGACAUUAACGAGGAGUUGUUUUCAUUCCCCGCCCUGCAAAUAAUCCCACUGUUAACAUUCUUCUUCCCUAAAAAGAUGGUAAAACAAGUUUGUCAGCAAAAGCUUGAAGAUAUGAAAACAGUUCAUGUGAGACCAACUUUUUAUAGUAGAGGAGAGGUAGCAUAGAUCAAAUGAUUCACGCC